CAGCAGGGCAACCCCCAAGUGCCCCAAACCCUCCGCUUGUAGGGUUUCGUCCUCCCCGUCCGCACCGCCCCCCAUGGCCGCCACCUCCCGCGACGCCCCUGUCCCGCCCGCCAUGCCGGACCUCGUCCGCGACCACCUCUACUUCGGCGACAUCAACGACGCCAUCGCGGCCCUCACCGCCUCCCUCCCGGACGGCACAUACAUCACCCACGUCCUGUCCGUCGUCAGCUCCGCCUCCAUCUUCUUCACCGACUACCGCCCGGGCCUCUCCUUACCAACAGAGGAGGCCCGCCGCGUGGUCGCCGGGGAGGACGGAGCGCCCUCGGCGGUGGCCCCAGGGCGGCUGAUGCGGGUGGUGGAAAGGACCGGGGAAGGGCUAAGGGUGACGCGGAUGGCCGUGCCGCUCAAGGACACGGAGGAGGAGAACCUGCUCGACCACCUCGAGCCGUGCCUCGAUUUUAUCGACGAGGGGAGGAAGGCGGGCAACGUGCUCGUGCAUUGCUUCGCGGGGGUCUCCAGGAGUGCUACCAUCACCACAGCAUAUCUAAUGAGAACAGAGCAGAAGUCUCUUGAAGAAGCACUAGAGUCCUUGAAGGAAAUUAAUGAGUCUGUUUGCCCAAACGAUGGUUUCCUCGACCAGUUAAAAUUGUUUGAAGAAAUGGGUUUCAAGGUUGAUACUUCAAGUCCUUUAUACCGGCGCUUCCGCUUAAAAUUGUUAGGUCAGUCCUACAAAGUUGGAGAGAAAAUAGGGAACCAUGUAUUUGAAGACGAUCCUGGAGUUGCUCGACAGCCUAAUCCUACCCAGGAAUCAUCAGGCAAGGAGAAGACCCUUAAAACAGCAUACCGCUGCAAGAAAUGCAGGAGGAUCGUUGCUGCACAGGACAAUGUUAUCGGCCACACUCCUGGUGAAGGCAACUCGAGCUUUGAGUGGCACGACAAGAGGAAAGGCCACACACACAACAAGGAACAAGAUUGCUCUUCUCUGUAUGUUGAGCCUCUAAAGUGGAUGACUCCAGUAGAAGAUGGUGCUUUGGAGGGGAAGCUGUCGUGCAUCCACUGCGGGGCGCGCCUAGGGUACUUCAACUGGUCAGGGAUCCAGUGCAACUGUGGCAGCUGGAUCACCCCUGCCUUCCAAAUUUCCAAGAGCAAAGUUGAUGUAAGCACCAUCUAGAUCUUCUCCCAUGGGCUAACAGAUUCGGUGGGUUUGUCGGGGGGUGGUGUAACAUAUCGUCCGAACGUCAUGCAUUGGAUCACAAGGAGCAAAAGCUGGAGCCUGCUUCAUGUAUUCACCCAUUGCACUCUGAAAUACUGUACGUCACAACAGCUACGUGAGAAGUUUAACACAUCAUAGUGAAGCAGUCACAGAUCCUAAACGUUUACUACCUGCUUUUUCAUUAAUUAAGCGGCAACCUGAUAUACUUUUAGAGUUGUAGGGAAUUCAAGAGUGUAGUGUAUACUAGUGUAGUGAGAUGGAGUGGUGUGGGGCGGCUUGCAAGGGGUUGUUGAGUGGGUGAGUGGAAUGACUUGUGGUGGAAUAGAGUCGGUUGGUUAUGAUGCGUUACACCACAAAUGGGUAUGAGAGCAUAUGUAUAGAGUCCAAAAUCUGACCGUUACUGCAAAAAGUAAUUGGGCUAGGACGUGCCGGGAGAAAACUUGAGGAACUAUUGAAACAGUUCAAAUAAAUUUGAAAGUCCAAGGCACCAUUCAAAA